GGUGUCUUUCGGCUAAAUUGGUAUCUGGUGAAGAGCUUUCUUUUUUUUCUUUCCUGCUGUGAAAAUUCUCAUAAUACAUUUCUCUUCUUGGUUUUUCGGCAGAUUGGGUGGAAGUAUGGCUUGCCCAUUUGUGCAUACUAUUGGGAAGCAGCACUCUGUGGCUGAUUCGGCAACGUGGAAUUUGGAGGACGACCUCACGGACCUUCCGGAUGACGCUCUUACGCUCACCCAUCUAAAUGCCGCCAUCCAAUUGCUCACGGCACCAUCCAACGAGAACAUCAACCAAGCCGUGAAGUCCGUAAUAAAGAAGUACAGCGAUCGAUGGCCAGGAAUAUCCAAAUUGAAAAUCGAUACUGAGUCCUUCUCCAUGUAUCCCAACUAUGACUACUUGGCAGAUAUCCAGGAUUCCAUCGUGGGCAUGGAUGAAUCUGCGGCGAAUGAUAUCCUGAUGAUGAUUGGUGAGGAGCUAAUUGAGACCUGCUGUGUGGGAAUCAUUGAGAGAGCUUUUCGCUGCCUCGGUGGGGAUUUGCAAGAGUUCCUGGGCUCCCUUGAUGGCGUGCACGACGUAUUGAAGCUACAAGAAGCAGAUAUUUCAGACAUUGGAUUUGUUUGCGCUGGCGAAGGUGAGCUCAUCUUCACAUCUGAACGUCCAGUAAUCUCUUGGCUCUUGUUGGGUGCCCUUCGACAACUGGCAAAAAUGUUGUAUGGCAUUGAAGAUGCUCGAAUCAUAAUGGAGCCAAUUGACGGAGAUGUGAAACGCUACCGAUACCUUUUUGAUGUGGGACCAUCUCUGGCCAAACGCCAACUUGAGGCUCCAGUUCAGCUUAAAGAGCGGAAACGCGCUUCCGUCUCCACAGCGUCUGAGGAUCUCAAGAUGAACGCCUCUACAUUCUGCAAGGCAUUUCCUUGGCACUUUGUCAUGAAUGAGAACCUGGAAUUACUACAGCUGGGCCACGGUUUCACUCGCGUCUUCAGACAAUCCCUGAGUUUAUACGGACGCCACGCCACUACGUAUUUCCGCUUUAAGCGACCACGUGGAUUGUCCCUGAAUUUCCAGGAGAUUCGGAAGCAUACUCACACACCCUUCCUACUCGCCAUUCGGUCACAGGUGUGCCGCCGUGAGUCUACAAUGACGGGUUUGGAGAUUAAGGGGCAAAUGGUGUACUGUGCUGAGACCAACACUCUGCUAUUCAUUGGUUCUCCCUUCAUUGACGGUCUCGAGGGACUCACAUGCAAUGGACUCUUUAUAUCGGAUAUACCUUUGCAUGAUGCUACUCGUGAAGUAAUCCUUGUGGGUGAACAAGCUCGAGCACAGGAUGGUCUCAGGCGUCGCAUGGACAAGUUGAAGUCAUCUAUUGAAGAGGGUAAUGCCGCUGUGACGAAGGAGCGAAAGAAGAACGUGAGCCUCUUGCAACUUAUAUUUCCGGCGGAGAUUGCGGAAUCUCUCUGGGGUGGGGCGACUAUUGAAGCCAAGACGCAUCCCGAUGUCACAAUGCUCUUCAGCGACAUUGUGGGCUUCACUAGCAUCUGCUCCAGGGCCACUCCAAUCAUGGUCAUCAACAUGCUAGAGAGUCUCUACAGGGAUUUUGAUGAGUUCUGUGGCUUCUUCGACGUGUACAAAGUGGAGACCAUUGGAGAUGCCUAUUGUGUGGCCAGUGGACUCCAUCGCGCCAGUCAUUAUGAUGCCCAUAAGGUCGCAUGGAUGGCUCUUAUGAUGCUGCAAGCUUGUCUCAAUCACAAUACUCAUGAUGGAGAACAUAUUCAGAUGAGAAUUGGUCUCCACACGGGAACUGUUCUGGCAGGAGUGGUGGGCAGAAAAAUGCCACGAUAUUGUCUGUUUGGGCACCACGUGACGAUUGCCAACAAGUUUGAGUCUGGCAGUGUUGCGCGAAAGAUCAACGUGAGCCCUACCACAAAUGAUUGGCUGGUUAAGUAUCCAGGCUUUAAAUUUGAGAUGCUGGAGAGGGACCCAUCUUGCUUGCCCAAAGACUACCCGAAUGCUGGAAAUUCCACUUGCUAUUUUCUCAAUGGCUACAAACAUCCGGGUGUAGAUGAUGCUGAACCCCAGGAAACCCACAUCAGGGCAGCUAUGAAGCAGAUAAAUAUUGAAUGUGGAAGACCAACGGCCGACACCGGUGACACCGAAACAUCCUAAUUAUUCGUGAAAUUUUGAAACUAUUGAAUUCACAUGUUGUAUCAGUAUUCAGUCUAUGAAAUUAGUGUUUAUUCAGUCUUGACAUAUGUCCAAAGACAAAAUUCUUAGUUGUGCAAUAAAGAAAAAA